UGUCAGAUGAAACGUUUAAACUCCAACAGCUCCAACGGUUCGGGAACUUCAGACGGUUCUGAGAACAGGAGAGGGUCAUGUUUUGCGAUCCAGACAAAAGCAUGGUUGCUGGGGAUAGUUCACUCCCUGACAGCAUCAACCCUAAUAAUUUUCCUGCUAAACUAUGGCGUUUGGUGAACAACCCGCUAAAAGAAGCCAUCUGCUGGGACAGACUCGGCCAGUUCAUUGUCAUUGAUCAACAACUCUUUGAGAAACAAAUCCUGUCUCCCAGCUCCAUCACCUCGGACAACGCUGACGCCUUCAAAACUUCCAACUUCUCGAGCUUUGUCCGUCAGCUCAAUCUGUAUGGUUUCAGGAAAGCAGAUCCAACUAUUAAAGAAAGUGGGGAGAAUGCGGCGUGUCAUCAUUUUUACAACCAUAACUUCAAGCGAGACCAGCCUGAACUUGUUGCCACUCUGAGGAGACUCACUGUCGACAACAAAGCCAAGAUGCAAGCUGGUCUGAAUGUGAAAAGUCGUCCCCCAAGUCGAUUCCUGCGAUUUAGUGGUGACAGUGGUGACAGCGAUAACAAUUUGAAAAGAGAGAGUUCUUCACCUAGUCCUACACAUCAGGGGACAUCUCAUCCUUACUAUCCAAAUAAAGCUCAGGCCAUGGCAUCGCACAAUGGAACCCCAGUCCCACCACGAUUCCUGAUAAGGGGCCAUAGUGCGGCUCUUUCAACUACUGUCUUUGCUGAAGACAAAGGGAUACCAGUAUCUUUAAGCUCCCACUCCCAUGGAGUACCCUCAAGCUCCAAUGCUGUGCACAUUCAGCAGGGUAUACUGUCCCGUUCAAACCAUGGAAAUUCAAAUUUCACUUAUAAUGGUGCUAAUGCACAAUAUCAGCCUAGCUACUAUUCCCCAGUUUGCCAGUGCUACCAUCCGAACCUUGUGGCAUCACAUAUGGCAGGUGGUGGGCUUCAGACAUGGCCGUUAUCUCCCCACAGUUAUUACCAGGCAAGCUACCCUGUGAACAUGUUGUCGCAUGUGGACCCCAACCAGGACUCAAAGAACAAGGAACACCAGGAGGUGAAAAAAUGUGACAUUAACUUGGAAACUAUUUUCCAGAUUGCUGAUGAGGUGAUGCAAACUCCGCCCAAUAGCAGCCUGGUUAGAGUUGUGACCCCAGAGAAGCCUGGCCCUGAGUUAGUUCCAAUCUCCGCUAACACUUUGAUGUGUGACAAUUUUGCCAGUACCAUGAAAGCUAGCCCUUUGAGUCCUAUUACCAUUAUAAUGGCUGGGUCAGGCAAGGAUCGUCCAGUUACAUACGCACAGCAGGAGAAAUCUGUGUUUUCAAUACCUGAUCAAAUGCCUGAAGAUGCCAUAUUUGAGGUAAGCCUCUACAUUGUAGAUAAAGACAUUUGGCUUUAUUUUUUCUAAAUACUUUGUCAGACAAGGCAACGUGUGGUCUGACCAGCAAGUAGAAAUAAUCAUCCAUGAUGUGUAUUUUUACAUGUGGAGAAUGUGUAACAGCUUAGCAGAAGACCUGUUCAUUAUGUGCUGUGGUUUUCUCUGUGCCCUGGCAAGGUUACCAUUGAUGAUGAAAAGGACACUGCUUUAUAAGUUUCGAGUUAAGCAAACCUCUGAAGGAUACCAGUCAUGCCUACAACAGCAAGGAAGGUACAGGAAGGGCACCAAAUCUUCAGGGAAGACAUUAUUGAGCAUUUAGGGAGCACAUUCAGAAUAAAACUAGUGGAAGAAAAGGCAUCAUUUGCAAGUCAUCAUAUUAACAAGUUUACUGACAGUUUUUUAUAUUUUUUGUUUUAGAUCUCUACUUGUUGAUUUGAUUGGCAUGAGUCUGAGAGUCAUCACUUUAGUAUUUGAUGAUCUUAAAUUCUCACUAUUAACAGACGUUAUUCACCAUUUUAAUGAUUUUUUUGUUGAUGAGUUCAAAUUUAAAUCUUAUUUAAAACUUUUAGCAAAAUGUGAUAUAUGUUAUGUCAUAGUUGUGUGUUUACUUAUUGCUUGUGACUUGUAACACUCAAUCAUAAUGAUUUGUUUCUCUAAGAAUUAGAAUAACUUGUACCACGGUACAUAAAAAAAAAAAUGGAAAGCAAGGUUUACCUCUUUAUUUUUAACACAGUACUUUCUUAAAUGUAACCACCUUGUGAUGUUUUUAAAUAUUUGCCUUUUUAAGUAUAAUUCAUACAGAGUUGCUGCAGUAAGGCUAACUCAGCCUCUCCCCAUUUUAAUGUGCACAUGUUUGAAAUGUUUUUAAUAACAUAAAGGGUAGUGUUUUUUCAUUGCAAGUUGUAACACAACUGCUGUAAUGAGGGCAAAAUUGAUUGUAUGAAAAUAUACAUUUUAAUAUUGACUAGUGAUUGUUUGCUUUGUGAUGGUUGCAUUUACCAACUUUAAAAAAAAAAUGUACUGCGUCACUUUAAAAAAAAUGUGUAACAGACAUGUUUAAAGGCAAGUGUAUA